GUGGUAGCUCUGCACCAGGAAUGUAUCACCAUGCUCCAGAACCAUGUGCAGCUCACAGCAUUAGAGGAAAAAGUGGUGCCAUGUUCUCGAUUUGAACAUCUGCACUGUUUCUUAAACCACUUCCUGACUGCAGCAUCAUCCUGAAAGCACCAGUUUCUUCGUGUUUUUGUUUUCACACCCCAGCAAUCCCUGCUGCCUUCCUCCAGCACCUUCCAGUCCCAGAUUUGGUGUGUGCCCAGUGAAGCCAGCAGUAGCACGUUGGAAUUGAAACUCUUCCCAUGCAGGGAGUUGCAAGGCGAUGGCACUGCCAGGCUCCUGGAGUAGCUGCUGACUGUGGCGAGGCCAAAGGAGAGCGGAACAGGGGUUUAUCAGCCCAGAUAAGGCAAGUUUGAAAGCACCUGGUGUAGGUAAGCAUCAGGACAGGAUCUGUGCCAUCCCCUGGCACCCCAUUCCUGAGCAGGCAGGGAGUAAAUCCCAUCAGUCUGACCACAGCUUUUGUGGCAUCUAUUUGGUCUAUUUUUUUUCUUUUUUCCCCCAGGCGUUUCUCUCUCUUUUUUAUAGAGAGGCCAGGAUCCCCCUCCCUGUGUGCAAUAAUGGCCCAGCACGGAGAGGAACAGCAAAGCGUCGUGGCUGCCUCACACCCACGGGCGCUGCUGCAGGAAAGCGGAGGCGAGGGAGCGGAGAUCCCCCCACUGACAAACCUCGUUUCUCAUCUUCACCUGGAUCCAGGGACGUACAGUCAUCCUGAAACUUUGGGGCCGGUGCUGGCCCGUCCCUUUCCUGUGCACCACAUCACCGCCUUCCCGAGGCGAGGACAGGCUGCUUUGGGGCAGAACGGUGCAAUAGAACUCUUUUUUAAAAUUUUUUUGACAGGCUGAGAAAGUCCCUAAGGCACCACGGGGCUUUCCCCACAGUGAUGCCAACACAGAGACACGAGGCUGCGUCUUUGCCUCCGCAGCAAAACCCGCCCCGAGGCGGUGGGAGCCAAGGACAGCAGCGAGCCAGGCAAGGGGAUCCUCUCAGGAAUAUUGGAAGGUUAAGCCAGAGCUGGAGUCUCCUUGGGUAACAGCUUAUGUGCCUAUAAGAAGCUGCCACAGAGUGCUGAAGGACAAAUAUGGGGAGUUUUCUCCUCCAGCAUUCCAUGCUGAUUUCCCCAUAACCUUUUGGUGCAACUGGACAAUCUGGGCAGGCUCCAGGAAGCACAUCAUAAUUUAUAUCCAGGGAUUUAUCACUAAGGAGGCUUGCAACAAAAAUGAGGACAAAAUUCUGUUUGAAGGCGUCUCCUCCCUGGCAGAAAGCAGCGUUGUUUAUGCCUGCUGGAAAAAGGAGAUGCAUGUUUUUGCCACCUUUGCUCAGGCUGUCCAUGUUGUGCUGCUGAAGAGGUACUUGCCAAACCAGAGACAUGCACGAUUUAAAGGGAAGUACUACAUCUUCCAAGACCAGGAAGGGGAAUCUUCCUCCAAAGAUGAUGCGAUUUCUGCAACUCCUGUUUCAAAACUGCCAAAGCAAGGUGGUAUUCUUCAGUCUGGCUGGGUUGGAAACCUUAGAGAUGUGCUGGGCUUUGCAACCACACGUACUGCCACAGUGCCAAGCAGUGAGCUGAUGCAGGGGAGAGGGAUCACUCUGGACACCAUGGCUGUGGGAAGUCCUGCAGCCCUUAUCCCAUGUGAACGUGCAAGGAUACAGGCUCUGGAAACAGCAGCUCCUUGUGGGCUGGGGUCUGAGCUGGCAGGGGUUCAGGAAGCUCAAGACAUAGGAACACCUGAGGGAAUAAUCCCCACUGCAGCACAGGACACCUGGGGGCAGAAUCCCUCCAUGAGUGAGGACAGUGCUGGGAGUUUUGGUCCUAUGCACAGUGUACUUUUGGAAACUCCUUUGCUUGGUGCCUUCCAGGGAGCAGAACCUUUUUGGCAGCCAAGAGGUGUGAGUCUGGAGAGCAGCCAGCCUGUCCUGAACCCCACCCUGAGGCCAAAAGGUCUGGGCCACCUGCAGUUUGCCAUUAAACCAACAGGCAUGGGUCACUUGGGCUUGGCUGCACACUCUGAGUCUCUGUCCCCUGGCACAGGACAAAGCCAGGAGGGCACAGCCAGCCUGGAGAAGGAUGGCAGCUGUGCCCAGCUGAGUGUCCCAGCUGCUGGCCUCACCCAGGGCCUGAUGCCCAGCCUGAGGAGCCCCUAUGAUGUAGGCACCAGGGACCACUUGCAUCUGCUACCCGAGAGAAGCCAAAGCAGUUUGGGGCAUCUGUCCAUGCCUAAAUCUGAGCUAGGCACAACUGGCCUCCAACAUACAAAGCCCAUGGAUAUUUUCCCACUGGGAAGUUUUGGGGAAGCUGUCAGGGGGAGAAGAGUGCUGCACACUCCCACAGCACCAGGGCUGGCUGUUCAUGCUUUGCCAACAGGGCUGGAGCAUCCUCUCACACCUGUGCCUGUCCUAGGGACAGAGACCAUCCCUGUGCUGGUGACCUCCACUACAGUACCUGUUCCUGCAGACUCUGGCUCUCUGGAUUUAAUCCCUGAAGCACCUCUUCCUCCACAAGUGGAGUCUGUGUCCAUGGUGGCCUCUCUACCAGCUGCUCUGGAUUGGGAUCCUGUCAGUCUCAGGCAGAGGGACAUCUUGCCAGCUAGCCCAGGAGGACAGGAGAUGAUGGUCUCCCCUUCACCACCUUGCCACCCAUCAGUAGCCUCUGAACUGGGCACGGAUGGGUCCUCCAGGUGCCUUGGCCCUGCGAUGCAAAAGUUGCUGCUGGGGGAGGCAGGUGGCCAGGGGGGAGAAACCACAACCUCUGUGGGCUUGAUGGCCAGGAGUCCCUUCCCAGUCUUUGUCACUGUCCCAGAGCCUGGUGUGAGGCUUACUCAGCCUGAGGGCAGAGUCAGCAGUGGCUCUGGGAUGACACCAGCUUCCCUGUCCGACAUCAGAGAGGAGCACAUGGUGCCUGUGCAGCACCAGGACAGUGCUGCUAGUGACAAACCGGCUUCUGCCUCCAACUUUGGGGGAUUUAAAAUGCAGAGAGCCACAGAAACUCUGCAAGAGGGUGCAGGACAGAGGACAACUGCCUCCUUCAGCACCACUCCUGCACACCCUGAUCUGCCUGCAGCUCCAUGGGGAGAAACACUGCCAAGAGACCAAAAGCCUUGGGAGCCCUCUGAUGUACCCAGGAAGACCCAGAUGGCAGAAGGACAGCAAGGGGAACAUGCUGAGCUGGGGCCUCCCUGGGUAACAGAGUACUUUCCCAUCAGGAGCUGCCACCUCAUCUUCCGGGAUGGGUCUGGCAUGUUUUACCUCCCGCUGCAUGUUGACAUCAAACCCAACAUCUGGUGCAACUGGACCAUCUGGGCAGGCCCCCAGAAGCACGUUGUCAUCUAUGUCCAAGGGUUCCAGGGGAGCGAUGGCUGUGGCAACAACCAGGACAAGAUCAUCUUCCAGGGGGUCUCGUCAAGCGUGGAAACCAAGGUGGCGUUUGCCUGCCACAACAGAGGCACUCUGAUCUUUGCUGCACAAGCCACUGAGGUGCAGGUGUUGUUUCUGUCAGGGAGUGGUUCCAGAAGCCAUGAAUACCAACAUUUUAAAGGACAGUAUUAUGUAUUUGGAGAUUCUGAAACUGUGGGCUCUUCAAGUGAUACCACAGCAGCUCCCCAGGAGCCUGUCCAGGAGACCUCUAAAAAAGAGAGCUGGAGGACAGUGGUGACCAAAAGUUUAUUGUCCAUGCUGACAACUCCUCCAGGCCCACCAGCUGUGCCUGCAGAUGGCAUGAUCCAACCUGACAUUGUGAGACCAGAUGAAGAGGCCCAACAUCCUCCUAAUCUCAUGGAAGAUGCUCAGUCUGGUGCUGACCCAAGCAGUCUUGACCCAAGUGAGCAUGGUCAGGAUGAAACCAAGCUGGAAAAGAACCUUGAGGAUGGUGGCAGCAAGAGUAGAGGAACUGAAGAUGACAUAUUAGUGAAGCCAGCUCCAGCUGGACAAGACACUGGGUGUAAAGCUGAGCCACCUGCCUUGGAACUGACUGAGGGGGACACAGAGCCAGGGACUGCUCUGGUCACCAUGGUCCCAUGUCACCCAGCUGGUUCCCCUUGCUCAGAGAUGCCCAGCAGCAGUGUAGGUGUCUCUGACACAUCACCUACCCUGGGUCAGGCCAGUGACAGCCCCUCAGAAGUGGCAGCUGCUGCACAUCACACACAGACACCAGUGCUGGCAGAGCCACCACUAAACACCAGCACGAAACCACCUCUCUACCCCUCUCCUGGUGUGACUGCUGCUGAUGUGGUGUCUCCGGGAGGAAGGACUGAAGAUCUCUUUGAUCUAAUGUCAUCUGUGGAGAAUGACACAGGACUGCAAUCCCAGCACCAUCCUGGAGAUGUGCUGUUUGAAGUCACUGUUGAAAUCAAACCCAAGGCCUGGAUUCCUCACAGUCGAAGUGAGUUCCAAAAGGGUCUCCUUGAAUCUCUGAAGAACCACAUCCAGAAGAACCUGAAUCUUUCUGCCAAUAGAGUCAGUGAAAUAAAGUUAAAGGAUGUCAAAAGGACGAGUGAUGCCAACCUGCUGCUCACCUUCUGGCUGCACCUGGAGCCAGAGGAGAGGAACAUGUCUCUGCUCCUGCGCUCCCACCUGGAGGAGCUGCUUGGCACCUCGGUGGGCAUGGAGAAGCUGCAGCUUGUUUCACUGUUUGUUGAAGACGUGAACGAGUGCCAGGCUGGGGUUGGCCUCUGCGGGGAGGAGGCAGAGUGCUUCAACGGCGUGGGCACCUACGUGUGCCGCUGCAAGAAGGACUACGAGGAUCAUUCUCCCACCAAGUCCGGCACCCUCUGCAUCCGCACUCCCCGACCAGGGAGGGAUGGAGAGCAUCCCUUCAAGUGGAAGAAAACCUUAAAACUUGAAGGAUCAGAAUACCUGGGGCAUCUCCAUUGACAUGUCAGAGCUUUCUGUAACAGAAGGACAAGAAUCUGUGCCAUAAGGAGUGGGAGAAGGAAAAGCACUUAACUGUUACAUGGCUGUAACAGAGACAGUGACCAUCUGUAUAAAUAGUGUCACGUUUCCAGCUUUGGUGACAAAACUCUAUCUGGCCUUUUCCUUUCUUAAUGGAGAGGCCUUCCCUUGCUGAAUCUCUGUCUAAUUCACAAAUGGAUGUUUACGUAGAAAUAACCAGACUUCCAGUUCUCUGUGCUUCAAAAUAAGGUACUGAAAUAUGAAACUGGAAGAAAUAGGCUCAUAGUGGCCCAGCAUUUUAAAUGACUGCUUUAUUUCUCUCCACACAUGCUAGCUAUAAAUAAAACAAAAGUCUCUGAAAAAUCUGCCUGCAAGCUUUAAAUCAGAGAAAUAUUGGAUCUUUAUGUAUCCACAGCAGUCCAACUAACUUGGUAGACACUGGCCUGGCUCCCAGACCAAAGCUCCUGGGGCUCUCUGGCAACAACACAAAGCCAUAAACACCAGAUGCAGUAUAUCUGUGGAAAUGAAAUAUCAGCAGUUUUGCACAAUUGGCAUUUCAGAAAUGCAGAGUUCAUUUAAAUGGUUCCAGUGGUUUACCUUUGCACCUGAAGCACAGUUGCUGUAUUUCUGGAAAUGUUGGUGUGGAAUGUCACAAAAGCUAUUUUCUCUGGCAUGCCUGUGCUGCUGUCCCCUUAUGUGAGCAACAGAAAUGACUCCCUUCCUUGCUCGCUCCCUGAUACCUGCCUGGUGUUCUAGCAGGAAUGCUGGAAAACAUGUGAAAAGUGCUGCUGAGCCAAGGUAUGUGCAGGCAGGCAGAGUACAGGCUUGCUUCCUCCCCAUGUCCUCAGAAUGAAGGGGCAGGUUGGGAGUUUUAACAAAUUACAGAUGCCACGAAGACUCUAAUGUGUGUGAUUGAAAGCUGUGUCAGUGUCUGCCAGAGUAAUUUCACAGCUGUGCUUCUGCCUUGUGAUCCCCCAGGACAAUCUUUUCUGUGUGUCACUUGUACAGGUUUUAAUUUCACACCUAUGGGAUAUUCGUGUCUGGUAAACAAUUAUUGUUGCUGAUGAGACUUAGCCCAGGCCCUUGUGUCAAGUAUUCUCAAGUACAUAUCACUGCAGGGAUUCCCUGCAUUAAAUAUAUCUUGGCUAUUUUAGUCUUAAGCAGAAAGACAGCAGGAAAAAAAAAAAGAAAAAGAAAGAAGAAGAAGAAGAAGAAGAAGAAAGGGCUGUUACUUGCUCCUGCAGAUUGAAUUUCUUCUUGCUGUAAUUGGCAUUUAGUUAGAGCCACUCCCUGGCUUGUUUUAUUUUGUUGAUUCGUAGUUUUGUCAAGCAUGCUGGGAAAGUCUGAAAGCUGGCACGGCUAUUAAACAAGUUUUUCUGUUUGUGUUGCAAAAGUAUUCAAGAUUUUUGUGGUACAUGAGAAGGUUACUGAGAGUGAAUGGACUUUGAGCCAGUUUCUUACUAAAGAUCCUUGAUGGGGCUUCAGCCUUGGUCUCAUCUUUGCAUAGAUAGGCAAGCUGAUCUUUCAUGCAUAAUUUUAACUGUCUAAAUAUUAUUUGUACAAUCCAAACUAAUUAAAGAGGCUUCACCUCUUCUCUCCUGGUGGGCUC